AUGUCAAGUUCAUUAGAAUCAACAACAGAGAACUUGUCUGAUCUAUCUGAAUUAACAACUAAUGCUCUAUUGAGUCCAUCUGAGUCAACCACAGGAACCCGAUCAAGUACUAUUGAAUCAACAACUUCAACUUUAUCUGAAUCUACCUCAGAUGCAUCAUACACUGUUUCUGAUUCAACCAUAACCACACUAGCCAAUACACCAGAAACAAUCGCUGAUUCAUCCUUUAGCCCAUCUGAUUCAAACACUAAUAAACCAUCUAGUCCAAUUGAAUCAACAACUGGUUCAUUUUCCAGUGCAUCAGAGUCAACCACACUCACCCUAUCAAAUUCUUAUAUAUCUACAACUCUAGAAAUGUCAUCGCCAUUUGAAUCAACCACCAAGACAUCAUCUGCUGAAUCUGAGUCAAUAGCUUAUACCCCAUCAAGUCCAGAUGGAUUAGGUACAGACACCUCAUCAACAUCAUCUGGAACAACACCAGUUGACUUUUCUGGUCCUUCUGAAUCUACCACAGAUGCAUUGCCCAUUGAAUCUCAACCAACCAUCACCACACAAUCAAAUAUACCUGAAUCAACUACAGAUUCAGCGAUCAAUCCAUCUGAAUCCAACACAGAUAAAUUGUCUAGUCCAUUUCAAUCAACAACAAUUGCACUGUCUAUGCCAUCUGACAUAACCACAGAUUCACUCUCAUUUCCACCUCAGUCUACACCAGAAUCAAGCACAGAUGCAUUAACAAGUCCAUCUGAGUCAAACCCACUUUCAACUUCAACCUCAUUUAAAUCUACCACAGAGAACUGGCCCAGCACCUCUGAAUCAAGUAUGGAUAUAUCAUCUACUGUUAGUAUAUCGACCACAUACUUACAUUCCAGUCCAUCUGACUCGACCGUAGAUAUAUCAACAAGUGAAUCUCAAUCUAACACACCAUCAAAUUUACCUGAAUCAAGCACAAUCUCACUUUCAAGUUCACCUGAAUCAAGCACAGAUGCGCCAUCUUCUACAAUCCAAUCAACCACCUACUCAAUGUCAAGUUCAUUAGAAUCAACAACAGAGAACUUGUCUGAUCUAUCUGAAUUAACAACUAAUGCUCUAUUGAGUCCAUCUGAGUCAACCACAGGAACCCGAUCAAGUACUAUUGAAUCAACAACUUCAACUUUAUCUGAAUCUACCUCAGAUGCAUCAUACACUGUUGCUGAUUCAACCAUAACCACACUAGCCAAUACACCAGAAACAAUCGCUGAUUCAUCCUUUAGCCCAUCUGAUUCAAACACUAAUAAACCAUCUAGUCCAAUUGAAUCAACAACUGGUUCAUUUUCCAGUGCAUCAGAGUCAACCACACUCACCCUAUCAAAUUCUUAUAUAUCUACAACUCUAGAAAUGUCAUCGCCAUUUGAAUCAACCACCAAGACAUCAUCUGCUGAAUCUGAGUCAAUAGCUUAUACCCCAUCAAGUCCAGAUGGAUUAGGUACAGACACCUCAUCAACAUCAUCUGGAACAACACCAGUUGACUUUUCUGGUCCUUCUGAAUCUACCACAGAUGCAUUGCCCAUUGAAUCUCAACCAACCAUCACCACACAAUCAAAUAUACCUGAAUCAACUACAGAUUCAGCGUUCAAUCCAUCUGAAUCCAACACAGAUAAAUUGUCUAGUACAUUUCAAUCAACAACAAUUGCACUGUCUAUGCCAUCUGACAUAACCACAGAUUCACUCUCAUUUCCACCUCAAUCUACACCAGAAUCAAGCACAGAUGCAUUAACAAGUCCAUCUGAGUCAAACCCACUUUCAACUUCAACCUCAUUUAAAUCAACCACAGAGAACUGGCCCAGCACCUCUGAAUCAAGUAUGGAUAUAUCAUCUACUGUUAGUAUAUCGACCACAUACUUACAUUCCAGUCCAUCUGACUCGACCGCAGACAUAUCAACAAGUGAAUCUCAAUCUAACACACCAUCAAAUUUACCUGAAUCAAGCACAAUCUCACUUUCAAGUUCACCUGAAUCAAGCACAGAUGCGCCAUCUUCUAUAAUCCAAUCAACCACCUACUCAAUGUCAAGUUCAUUAGAAUCAACAACAGAGAACUUGUCUGAUCUAUCUGAAUUAACAACUAAUGCUCUAUUGAGUCCAUCUGAAUCAACCACAGGAACCCGAUCAAGUACUAUUGAAUCAACAACUUCAACUUUAUCUGAAUCUACCUCAGAUGCAUCAUACACUGUUGCUGAUUCAACCAUAACCACACUAGCCAAUACACCAGAAACAAUCGCUGAUUCAUCCUUUAGCCCAUCUGAUUCAAACACUAAUAAACCAUCUAGUCCAAUUGAAUCAACAACUGGUUCAUUUUCCAGUGCAUCAGAGUCAACCACACUCACCCUAUCAAAUUCUUAUAUAUCUACAACUCUAGAAAUGUCAUCGCCAUUUGAAUCAACCACCAAGACAUCAUCUGCUGAAUCUGAGUCAAUAGCUUAUACCCCAUCAAGUCCAGAUGGAUUAGGUACAGACACCUCAUCAACAUCAUCUGGAACAACACCAGUUGACUUUUCUGGUCCUUCUGAAUCUACCACAGAUGCAUUGCCCAUUGAAUCUCAACCAACCAUCACCACACAAUCAAAUAUACCUGAAUCAACUACAGAUUCAGCGUUCAAUCCAUCUGAAUCCAACACAGAUAAAUUGUCUAGUACAUUUCAAUCAACAACAAUUGCACUGUCUAUGCCAUCUGACAUAACCACAGAUUCACUCUCAUUUCCACCUCAGUCUACACCAGAAUCAAGCACAGAUGCAUUAACAAGUCCAUCUGAGUCAAACCCACUUUCAACUUCAACCUCAUUUAAAUCUACCACAGAGAACUGGCCCAGCACCUCUGAAUCAAGUAUGGAUAUAUCAUCUACUGUUAGUAUAUCGACCACAUACUUACAUUCCAGUCCAUCUGACUCGACCGUAGAUAUAUCAACAAGUGAAUCUCAAUCUAACACCCCAUCAAAUUUACCUGAAUCAAGCACAAUCUCACUUUCAAGUUCACCUGAAUCAAGCACAGAUGCGCCACCUUCUACAAUCCAAUCAACCACCUACUCAAUGUCAAGUUCAUUAGAAUCAACAACAGAGAACUUGUCUGAUCUAUCUGAAUUAACAACUAAUGCUCUAUUGAGUCCAUCUGAGUCAACCACAGGAACCCGAUCAAGUACUAUUGAAUCAACAACUUCAACUUUAUCUGAAUCUACCUCAGAUGCAUCAUACACUGUUGCUGAUUCAACCAUAACCACACUAGCCAAUACACCAGAAACAAUCGCUGAUUCAUCCUUUAGCCCAUCUGAUUCAAACACUAAUAAACCAUCUAGUCCAAUUGAAUCAACAACUGGUUCAUUUUCCAGUGCAUCAGAGUCAACCACACUCACCCUAUCAAAUUCUUAUAUAUCUACAACUCUAGAAAUGUCAUCGCCAUUUGAAUCAACCACCAAGACAUCAUCUGCUGAAUCUGAGUCAAUAGCUUAUACCCCAUCAAGUCCAGAUGGAUUAGGUACAGACACCUCAUCAACAUCAUCUGGAACAACACCAGUUGACUUUUCUGGUCCUUCUGAAUCUACCACAGAUGCAUUGCCCAUUGAAUCUCAACCAACCAUCACCACACAAUCAAAUAUACCUGAAUCAACUACAGAUUCAGCGUUCAAUCCAUCUGAAUCCAACACAGAUAAAUUGUCUAGUACAUUUCAAUCAACAACAAUUGCACUGUCUAUGCCAUCUGACAUAACCACAGAUUCACUCUCAUUUCCACCUCAGUCUACACCAGAAUCAAGCACAGAUGCAUUAACAAGUCCAUCUGAGUCAAACCCACUUUCAACUUCAACCUCAUUUAAAUCAACCACAGAGAACUGGCCCAGCACCUCUGAAUCAAGUAUGGAUAUAUCAUCUACUGUUAGUAUAUCGACCACAUACUUACAUUCCAGUCCAUCUGACUCGACCGCAGACAUAUCAACAAGUGAAUCUCAAUCUAACACACCAUCAAAUUUACCUGAAUCAAGCACAAUCUCACUUUCAAGUUCACCUGAAUCAAGCACAGAUGCGCCAUCUUCUAUAAUCCAAUCAACCACCUACUCAAUGUCAAGUUCAUUAGAAUCAACAACAGAGAACUUGUCUGAUCUAUCUGAAUUAACAACUAAUGCUCUAUUGAGUCCAUCUGAAUCAACCACAGGAACCCGAUCAAGUACUAUUGAAUCAACAACUUCAACUUUAUCUGAAUCUACCUCAGAUGCAUCAUACACUGUUGCUGAUUCAACCAUAACCACACUAGCCAAUACACCAGAAACAAUCGCUGAUUCAUCCUUUAGCCCAUCUGAUUCAAACACUAAUAAACCAUCUAGUCCAAUUGAAUCAACAACUGGUUCAUUUUCCAGUGCAUCAGAGUCAACCACACUCACCCUAUCAAAUUCUUAUAUAUCUACAACUCUAGAAAUGUCAUCGCCAUUUGAAUCAACCACCAAGACAUCAUCUGCUGAAUCUGAGUCAAUAGCUUAUACCCCAUCAAGUCCAGAUGGAUUAGGUACAGACACCUCAUCAACAUCAUCUGGAACAACACCAGUUGACUUUUCUGGUCCUUCUGAAUCUACCACAGAUGCAUUGCCCAUUGAAUCUCAACCAACCAUCACCACACAAUCAAAUAUACCUGAAUCAACUACAGAUUCAGCGUUCAAUCCAUCUGAAUCCAACACAGAUAAAUUGUCUAGUACAUUUCAAUCAACAACAAUUGCACUGUCUAUGCCAUCUGACAUAACCACAGAUUCACUCUCAUUUCCACCUCAGUCUACACCAGAAUCAAGCACAGAUGCAUUAACAAGUCCAUCUGAGUCAAACCCACUUUCAACUUCAACCUCAUUUAAAUCAACCACAGAGAACUGGCCCAGCACCUCUGAAUCAAGUAUGGAUAUAUCAUCUACUGUUAGUAUAUCGACCACAUACUUACAUUCCAGUCCAUCUGACUCGACCGUAGAUAUAUCAACAAGUGAAUCUCAAUCUAACACCCCAUCAAAUUUACCUGAAUCAAGCACAAUCUCACUUUCAAGUUCACCUGAAUCAAGCACAGAUGCGCCAUCUUCUACAAUCCAAUCAACCACCUACUCAAUGUCAAGUUCAUUAGAAUCAACAACAGAGAACUUGUCUGAUCUAUCUGAAUUAACAACUAAUGCUCUAUUGAGUCCAUCUGAGUCAACCACAGGAACCCGAUCAAGUACUAUUGAAUCAACAACUUCAACUUUAUCUGAAUCUACCUCAGAUGCAUCAUACACUGUUGCUGAUUCAACCAUAACCACACUAGCCAAUACACCAGAAACAAUCGCUGAUUCAUCCUUUAGCCCAUCUGAUUCAAACACUAAUAAACCAUCUAGUCCAAUUGAAUCAACAACUGGUUCAUUUUCCAGUGCAUCAGAGUCAACCACACUCACCCUAUCAAAUUCUUAUAUAUCUACAACUCUAGAAAUGUCAUCGCCAUUUGAAUCAACCACCAAGACAUCAUCUGCUGAAUCUGAGUCAAUAGCUUAUACCCCAUCAAGUCCAGAUGGAUUAGGUACAGACACCUCAUCAACAUCAUCUGGAACAACACCAGUUGACUUUUCUGGUCCUUCUGAAUCUACCACAGAUGCAUUGCCCAUUGAAUCUCAACCAACCAUCACCACACAAUCAAAUAUACCUGAAUCAACUACAGAUUCAGCGUUCAAUCCAUCUGAAUCCAACACAGAUAAAUUGUCUAGUACAUUUCAAUCAACAACAAUUGCACUGUCUAUGCCAUCUGACAUAACCACAGAUUCACUCUCAUUUCCACCUCAGUCUACACCAGAAUCAAGCACAGAUGCAUUAACAAGUCCAUCUGAGUCAAACCCACUUUCAACUUCAACCUCAUUUAAAUCAACCACAGAGAACUGGCCCAGCACCUCUGAAUCAAGUAUGGAUAUAUCAUCUACUGUUAGUAUAUCGACCACAUACUUACAUUCCAGUCCAUCUGACUCGACCGUAGAUAUAUCAACAAGUGAAUCUCAAUCUAACACACCAUCAAAUUUACCUGAAUCAAGCACAAUCUCACUUUCAAGUUCACCUGAAUCAAGCACAGAUGCGCCAUCUUCUACAAUCCAAUCAACCACCUACUCAAUGUCAAGUUCAUUAGAAUCAACAACAGAGAACUUGUCUGAUCUAUCUGAAUUAACAACUAAUGCUCUAUUGAGUCCAUCUGAGUCAACCACAGGAACCCGAUCAAGUACUAUUGAAUCAACAACUUCAACUUUAUCUGAAUCUACCUCAGAUGCAUCAUACACUGUUGCUGAUUCAACCAUAACCACACUAGCCAAUACACCAGAAACAAUCGCUGAUUCAUCCUUUAGCCCAUCUGAUUCAAACACUAAUAAACCAUCUAGUCCAAUUGAAUCAACAACUGGUUCAUUUUCCAGUGCAUCAGAGUCAACCACACUCACCCUAUCAAAUUCUUAUAUAUCUACAACUCUAGAAAUGUCAUCGCCAUUUGAAUCAACCACCAAGACAUCAUCUGCUGAAUCUGAGUCAAUAGCUUAUACCCCAUCAAGUCCAGAUGGAUUAGGUACAGACACCUCAUCAACAUCAUCUGGAACAACACCAGUUGACUUUUCUGGUCCUUCUGAAUCUACCACAGAUGCAUUGCCCAUUGAAUCUCAACCAACCAUCACCACACAAUCAAAUAUACCUGAAUCAACUACAGAUUCAGCGUUCAAUCCAUCUGAAUCCAACACAGAUAAAUUGUCUAGUACAUUUCAAUCAACAACAAUUGCACUGUCUAUGCCAUCUGACAUAACCACAGAUUCACUCUCAUUUCCACCUCAGUCUACACCAGAAUCAAGCACAGAUGCAUUAACAAGUCCAUCUGAGUCAAACCCACUUUCAACUUCAACCUCAUUUAAAUCAACCACAGAGAACUGGCCCAGCACCUCUGAAUCAAGUAUGGAUAUAUCAUCUACUGUUAGUAUAUCGACCACAUACUUACAUUCCAGUCCAUCUGACUCGACCGCAGACAUAUCAACAAGUGAAUCUCAAUCUAACACACCAUCAAAUUUACCUGAAUCAAGCACAAUCUCACUUUCAAGUUCACCUGAAUCAAGCACAGAUGCGCCAUCUUCUACAAUCCAAUCAACCACCUACUCAAUGUCAAGUUCAUUAGAAUCAACAACAGAGAACUUGUCUGAUCUAUCUGAAUUAACAACUAAUGCUCUAUUGAGUCCAUCUGAGUCAACCACAGGAACCCGAUCAAGUACUAUUGAAUCAACAACUUCAACUUUAUCUGAAUCUACCUCAGAUGCAUCAUACACUGUUGCUGAUUCAACCAUAACCACACUAGCCAAUACACCAGAAACAAUCGCUGAUUCAUCCUUUAGCCCAUCUGAUUCAAACACUAAUAAACCAUCUAGUCCAAUUGAAUCAACAACUGGUUCAUUUUCCAGUGCAUCAGAGAUAUCUACAACUCCAUCAUUUGAAUACAUCAUGAAAGUUCUGCUCUUCAACCAUCUAGAAAUACACCAGCGCUGA